AUGGAAAAGCAACGAAUCUCAGGGGAGGCCCAGCCCGACCUUGACAAACUGAAGGUCGACGAUACCAUCAUGCGUGAUGUUGAUUUCGGUGAAGUGCUUCAGGUGGAAACCACACCGGAGAUGGAUAAGAAAGUCCUAAAGAAAUUGGACUUGUUUCUCAUCCCUCUCAUGGGAGGUUGCUACAUGCUGCAAUAUAUCGACAAGUUGGCAAUUAGCCAAGCGACUCUUUUCAACCUGCGACAAGACCUAAACCUCAAGGGAAAUGAAUAUAACUGGGCGUCGGCGAUCUUUUACUUCGGAUAUUUUGCGUGGAGUUGGCCUAGCUCCUAUCUAGUCGUGAAGCUUCCCCUGGGGAAAUACCUUGGUGUGGCAGCUUUCGUAUGGGGAGGCUGCCUGAUGGUCCAUGCUGCGUGCAUCAACUGGGGAGGUCUUAUGGCAGCUAGAUUCUUCCUUGGAGUUGGAGAAGCAUCUAUAGCACCCGGCUUUGCGUUGAUCACUGGCAUGUUUUACACGAGAGAGGAACAGCCUGCUCGACAGGCGGCUUGGUUCUGCGGCAACUCAAUCGCCGUUCUUCUUGGUGGACUGAUCGCAUACGGCAUCGGAAACAUUCACGUAGCAGCCAUUUCUCAAUGGCAACUGCUCUUCCUCAUCCUCGGGGCCAUCACAUCCGCGUAUGGGAUUCUCCUAUUCCUCACUCUCCCUGAUUCGCCUGCGAAAGCCAUCUUCCUCAAGCCCACCGAGCGAGCCGUGGCUGUGCAACGAACUUUGAAAAACAAGACCGGAGUCAUGGAUCAAGGAAAGUUCAAAUGGAACCAGGUUUGGAUGGCCGUCAAGGAUCCUCAGAUGUGGUUUUUGGUUCUAUAUACACUUUGCGUGAACUUCUGCAAUGGUGGUCUGACCAGCUUCUCUGCUAUCAUUAUUGCAGGCUUUGGAUUCCCCCAUCUGGAAGCUCUUCUGAUUCAGAUGCCCAUGGGUGGUGCUCAGCUUGUCUUUCUCCUGCUCACCUCUGGUGUCGCCUCGUUCGUUCCCAAGACACGGAUUCUCAUGAUGAUAUUCAAUACUGCAGUUUCUAUGGUGGGCAUGCUCUUGAUUUGGAAGCUUGAUGACGAUAAUCGGGCCGGCAAGAUGGCUGGGCUUUGUCUUGGGGGUGUCUUCGCCGCCAACAUUCCGUUGUCACUCAGUCUGAUUAGUUCGAAUGUUGCUGGGUUUACAAAGAAGAGUACAGUCAGUGCCGUGAUGUUUGCUGCAUACUGUGUUGGCAACAUUGUUGGUCCCCAAUUCUUUAUUCCCUCCGAGGAACCUUCAUAUCAGACCGGAAUCAAAGCCUCCAUGUCGGGCUUGGCUUUUGGCAUUUUCUUUUUGAUCUGCCUUCUUGUCUUUUAUCUGUAUGAGAAUCGUCGCCGCGAUCGGCUCUAUGGAUCUCCAAGAGAAAUGACUGUGACCGAGGAGCUACAGGACGAGAUAUCCAACAAGACUGACCAUGAGAUCGAAAGCUUCCGAUACAUGGUUUAG